AUGUUUAAGUUAAGAAUCUUACCACAAAAGGCCACUAUACUUAAACGAAUGAUGUCGUCUCAAGAGAAUGAUGUUUUAUUUGAAACUCUCAAUAAUGCUGGAAUAAUAACUUUAAAUAGACCAAAAACUUUGAAUUCAUUGAACACAUCAAUGGUAUCGAAGUUAUUACCGCAACUUAGCGAGUGGGAGAGUUCUAAACAAUUAGUAAUUAUAAAAGGAGCUGGUGACAAAGCUUUUUGUGCUGGAGGAGACGUGAAGGCAGCUAUCGAUAGAGAGGAAGGCCCAAGAUUUUUUUUCACUGAGUAUAACACAAACUACCUCAUAGGAAAAUACAAAAUCCCGUAUAUAGCCUUCAUAAAUGGAAUUACAAUGGGAGGUGGUAUGGGCUUGUCAGUUCAUGGCAGAUACAGAGUGGCCACGGAGAAAACUUUAAUAGCCAUGCCUGAAACUAAGAUAGGAUUAUUCCCUGAUGUAGGAGGAUCGUUCUUCCUUCCUAGAUUGCCUGUUAAUUUAGGACUAUAUUUGGGUUUGACUGGUGAUAGAUUAAAAGGGAAAGAUGUUGUAAAAGCUGGUAUCGCUACUCAUUUUGUGUCCAGUAAGCGUCUCUAUGAGUUAGAAAUGUUGCUAUCCCGAUGCUCGAGCGACAGUGAAGUGCAGUCCUUACUGAAUAAAUUCAACGAGCCACCAGAGGAGUUUUCACUGGCACCAAACAUCAAACACAUCAAUUACUGCUUUGCUGCAUCCACUGUCGAGGAGAUCAUAGAACGUCUUGAGAAAGUGCAGAAUGAUUGGUCAAUUAAAACUAUUCAGACGUUACACUCCAUGUGUCCCGGUUCUCUCAAGCUGACAAUGUUGGCUCUCCAGCGCGGUGCUCAGCUCGACCUGCCUCAAUGUCUUCGUAUGGAGUACCGUCUCGCUUGUAGAUCAGUAGAGAAUCAUGACUUCCCAGAAGGUGUCCGAGCACUACUUAUUGACAAAGACAACAAGCCUCAAUGGAAUCCAAAGAGUUUAUCGGAUGUCAGUGAUGACUACAUUGAAAGUUUCUUCAAGAAGCUUCCAGAAGAUAAGGAACUUAAGUUCUUUGAUGCGAAAUUAUAA